AAGAUGAGCAAGGAUCCGACCAUGGAGGUUGACGAGGAUGAAGAGGCAAGACAGGUCCCACAGAAAGAUGAGGAUGAUGAUGCUGAGGAUAGUUCUAGUGAUGAUGAUGAUGGAGAGGAUAAUGUUUAUAUACCUGGAGAUAAACUUGAGGAGGGAGAAACUCUGACGGUUGAUGAAAAUGCAUAUAAUAUUUACCAUCAGUGUAGCCUAGGACCUCCUUGUUUAUCAUUCGAUAUUAUUCACGAUCAGGUGAAGCAGGAUUAUCCUUUAAGUGUGACAUGUGUUGCUGGUACUCAGGCUGCUAAGGUGACAGCAAACAACAUUAUAGUAUUCCGGAUGAGUAACUUGAACUGUGUCCGUCCGAGGGAUGAGGACGAGGAUAGUGAUAUCGAUGAACCGGAAGAGGAGAAACCGUUCCUAAAGAUGGCCGGGAUAAAACAUGCAGGAUGUGUCAAUAGAGUUAAAUACACUAAGAUAGGUCCAACCCCUGUAGCUGCAGCCUGGGGUGAGAAUGGAACUGUUGGAGUAUGGAACCUGACGAAUGUUCUCUCCAGACUAGAUUUACCAGGGAAGGAGGUUUACAAGGAGGAAACUACUCCGCUCCAGGCAUUCUCAGGACACGGGACAGAAGGGUUUGCUCUAGACUGGAGCGGGACAGAAUCAGGAGUUCUAGCCUCAGGAGAUUGUAAUAAGAAUAUCCAUGUGUGGAGUCCAGCGGAGGGAGGAGUUUGGAAUAUCAAUUCAGCUCCAUACUCAUCCCAUACAAGAUCUGUAGAAGAUAUAAGAUGGUCUCCGAAUGAAAAAAGUGUGAUGGCGUCCUGCUCCUGUGAUAGAACAAUAAAAAUCUGGGAUGUGCGUGCUGAGCCAAGCCAGGCCUGCAUGUUAACCCAGGGAAAUGCGCAUUUUUCAGACGUGAACGUGAUCGACUGGAACCCAAGUGAUCCUUUUAUCAUUUCCGGCGGGGACGACGGAAUUAUUAAAGUCUGGGAUUUAAGAAGUUUCGGCGGUAUUUCCGACCCUGUUGCAACCUUUAAACAUCACACCAGUCCAGUGACGAGUUUAGAGUGGCAUAAAGACGAUAAUACAGUGUUUGCUAGCAGUGGAGCGGACGAUCAGAUUGCAUUGUGGGAUCUAGCUCUAGAGAGAGAUACAGAAGCUGGAGCUGAAGAUGAGAAACUAAAGGGUUUACCUCCACAACUUCUCUUUAUACACCAGGGUUUACAAGAUAUAAAAGAGGUUCACUGGCACUCGAAAAUAUCUGGCCUUAUUGUCGCAACUUCACACACGGGCUUUGAUGUUUUCAAAACAAUCAGCGUCUAGCAUUUUUUUGCCACAAAUUUUCUAUUUUUUUUUCAGAA